AUGGCUUUUAAUGAAGUUCGUGAUACCACUCCAGGACCUGACGGAGUUACAUGCAAUAUGCCUCGCCAUUUGAACACAGCUUCUCUCUUUAAUCUUUUACACCUUUUCAAUAGAAUAUGCAUUGAAAAAGAGUUUCCUUCACAAUGGCAUGAAGCUAUUGUUAUUCCGAUUCUGAAACCUGGUAAAGAUUCGACCAACCCUCUAAACUACAGGCCGAUCGCUUUAACAAAUCUCAUAUGUAAUACUCUAGAGCGCAUGAUCAACUCCCACCUUAUUUAUGAAUUGGAGAUACGUAACUGCAUUCCUCCUUUACAAAGUGGUUUCCUUAGGGGCUGGUCUACUAUAGACAAUCUCGUGCUUCUAGAAACUGAAAUACGUAAUGCCUUUUACCUGCGAAAAUACUACUUGCAAUGGACUCACCCAACUUAUAGGGAAAAGGAAGAACUUGCUGAUACAUCUGAUCUUCCUACAUCUCUAAUAAUAACGAAUGUUGACAAUAAUAUAUUUUCUGAUGAAAGUCAAAAGAAUCAGUUAGAAGAAAUUUUCCAAAAGUUUGAUGAGGAGGCUUCUUUCCAAUAUUUUAAGAGCUUCCAUAGAGUUCGUGUCAAUUUUACAAAUCCUACAGCUGCUGCUAAUGCAAGAAUUCAGUGUCACCAAACUAAAAUUGGUGAUAGUGUUGUCAAUUGUUAUUUUGCACAGCCAAUAACAUCAACUGGAAAUAAAGAAGGAGAAACCUCAGAUUCUUCAUACUUGCAACCACCUUCACCUGUUCGUCAGUUUCUAAUAUCCCCACCAGCUUCGCCUCCUGUUGGUUGGGAACCAGUUGAUGAAGCACAGCCAUGUAUAAAUUAUGAUCUUCUUACUGCCCUUGCAAAGCUGCAACCUGGGGAAGCUCAUGAAUUGCACCCACCAUCAAGAACACAACCUGGCAUUGUAGUGCAUAUUUGCGAGGAUCAAAAUGUAGAAGGUCCUCGUUUAAAAAUCGUACAGACUCGCCGACCUGAUAGCAUUGAUUCCUCAAGUAGUUCUUCUCCGCCUUCUUCGCCUACUUCUUAAAUUGUUUUGCAAGUUUGUGUUCUUAUUCAAACUUAUUUUCUCUGGCUGAAACCCAUAAGUAUUUAAUGCGUGUUGGCUACAUAUGGCUGUUAUGUUUAAAAGUGUAACUAUAUAAAUCACUGUACUUGUUAGGUUUAUUUAGUCUAAUGUAUUUUCGCAACUUUAAUUUGACCUAUUUUCAUUUUAAAUUUAUUUAUGUGGUUAUUAUGCAAUACUUUGUGCAGCUGUUUUUGUCCGGGAGUUUUUCAUAUUUCAUUUGAGUGAUGAUGUAUACAGUUAUUAACACAGGGUUGCUACGCCACCUGGAGAACCUGGAAAACACAGGGAAUUUAAUAAUCGACAGAAAAAACUUGAAAAUGCAGGGAAAUUUGAAAAUUUUCAUUAAAGCCUGGAAAAUACGGAGAAUUUUAAGUUUCGUUGUUAUUUUUUUCCCAUCUAAAAAAUGUCGAUCACUAAAGAUUGCAAAAAUAAAAAAUCGUAGUCAUAGCUUCCGAAAAUAAAACAAUACCAUUCGUAAUUGUGUAAUGCUGAAACGCUCCUUUUCUUCUCCCCUUUUUUUCUGUACAGAUCAGUCCAAUUUUAAUUUGCAAGACAGUUGUUCUUUUUCCCAUGAGAUUCCCGAAUCACAGCUAAUGAACAUGCACGAGACUUCUGUAACUGCGUGAAAGAAUAUAAUACAUUUUUUUUCUGGCGGGAAUAGCAACAUUCAAUCUGCAGAAGCAGCGCGGUGAUGUUAAAUCCACCAGACUUGAGUUUAUUGAAUGGUUUGUUUAUUAUUUGAGAAACUGAGAGAUUAUUCAAAGUAGAUUAGAGAAUUUUUUUUAAAAACAAUGAACUGCUCAAAAACCGUAUUUUAUACGAAUUGAACGGAUAAAAAAAAAUCAAUCCUGGGAAUGGGAAAAUGAAUGGGUUCGAGAAAUUCUGAAAAAUCAAUUUAUUGCUUCUAGCUGGCUUUGUAAGGAGAUAAUAAGCUUAAGUAUUAUCCUCUUCAGUCCCGAGGUACACAUAUGUGUACCUGUAAUUUUUUUCAUUUUUCUUAUCCUGUAAAGUUAAAUUUUGACGAAAUAAUGCAUGCAUUUUAACGUUUUAUGAAUUAAGCUUCAAUUUUGCAUCAAUACAGUUUGCUACAGUUCGAUAUUUUUUUCAUAUCCAUCGCUAUUAAUUAGAGACAUAACGAAAUUGUCAUUGAACAGAAAACGCAACAAAUAUAAGUACAUUUUUUAAUAUUUAUUAUUAAAAUAAAUGCUUGUAUAUUUUUUUAUAAAAUAUUAAGUGUCUGGUUAAAGUCAUUACCAAAUUAUAUCUUGUGAUCUAUAAUAGAAUCGGUGAAAAUACAAAUUUAACUAAGGUACACAUAUGUGUACCUCGGGCUUUUUCGCCCCGGUUUGCUGAAUGCUUGCGAUCCAUUGCGCUGCUUAUCUUUUGUGUGCUUGUUUUCAAAUUGUCAUGUCUUGUCCUUGAAUAUAUUGUAUAUCUUUUUAUAUUAAAUAAUUCUUAUGUUCUGUAAUGUAAUAAAAUAUAAAUUUAAAAAUAUUUAUUUUUAAAUUUUAGUAAGAAAUUUAAUUUUAUAGCUGUCUUGAAGUUAGUAAUUGAUAUUUCAAACCGACAUCCUGUAUAGAAUAUACAAAAUUUUAUAAGCUAAUAAUAUUUUUUUCACGUCAAGUGGCUUAAACUCAAAAGGAGGUUUUUGAACUUUUAGGAAAAAUAGAUUUUAGGGGAAACAAUAGAAUUUUUCAUGUAUCAAAAAUAAUGAAACCUGGCAAAUAGGAUGAAUGGGUCACAGACGAUAGUCAAAUGUGCCUUGUCAAGUAGAAAGAUAAUAAAUCCGUGACUAUUAUCCACAUGUAUAGGUAAUGAGUCAAUUGGAAUAGGCAGAAGAUAGACAAAAUAAUUGAAACAAAAAGCUGAUAUAAAAUAAUCUGCUUUUAUGAAAACAUAUAAUAUCGGAGGCAUCGACCAUUAUUUUGCAUAUUACCGGUAUGUAGUAAUUACAAAAAACCGACCGACGCGAGCAUUCAAGCAUUUUGUAGAUUUAGUAGUUGUCAAUUGCUUGAUAUACUAUAAAAUGGUGGCAAAGCGACAAGUUGAGCUGUUAGGAAUGAAAGUGAAAAUCUUAUGAUCUUCUUGCAAUUUCAAAUGCAUAUAAUUCGGUCAUUGUUAAAAUAUGAGGGAAUUCUCAUAAUCAGCAAGAAAGGAAACCAAGAACAAAUAAAAAAUUCAUCUUUCAAUGAAGACAAAUUAAUAGGAGAAGGGUCAUCAAAUGAUGGAAAUACAAAUACAAGACAAUUGGAGAUUUCAUUACCACCAUAUGGUUAAAAUACCUCUAAAAGAGCAAGAAAAAUUGUCCUUUCCCAAUUAAAAAAGAAAUAAGACUAGAUAUGUCAAGCCAUCUGCAACAUUACAUGGACGAUAAGUAUAUAUCGAAAUGCAUGCACCUCUAGGAGAAGAGUCAAGUGCUCAAAAUGCAGUAUCUACUUACGUAAUAUAUAUAAAAAAAUGAAAUUUCCUUCAAAAUAAGGUUUAAUAGAUUAUUAAUAUAAUAAAUUUUGUAUUUUUUUUCAUCAAUAAGGCCUUAGAAUAAGAAAAGUAUAGCUAUUAAGUAACCAGGAAAAUUAUUAUUAUUUAUUUUUGUUGUUGUUGUUGUUGAGGAGGCUUUGACUUACUUAAGACCCGAGGUACACAUAUGUGUACCUUAAAAUUAUGGGACUUAAAAUUGUUUGAUCAGCAAAAAUUUUUUUUCGUAUACUAUUGUGAUGUAACAAAGGUAAAAGAUCUUGAAAUCAAAUUUUUAAACCAGUUUUAAAAAAAUCAGGUUAUGGGAAAACAGGCAUUUACUAGUCAUGCCAGAAGGGGAAAACAUACAAGACUGCAUGCCAGUUCAGAAGCGGCAUCAUUGAUGUUUGACUUAUUAUCAAAAAGGAAUACAGGAAAAGAUGUACAAUCCGAAAGCGUUAAAUUUAAUAUUCGAAAAUAAACCCAUUUCGAAUAUUAAAUUUAGUUCAAGAGCAAUAAUUUAAAGCUGAAUUUUUUAUGGGCAUUGAAACUUGUUGCGUCACAUUCGCCCUUUAAUGCCUUCAACGGAAUUAAUAAAGGAAAUAUUUUCAUAUAUGUUUACUGAAAGUAAAAUAACUAAAAAAUGUGCGUUAGGUCGUACAAAAAUACUGUACCUUAUUUGUUAAAGAUUAGCUCCAUGAAACUAAUGGCUGAAUAAUCUGCAGAAAUUGAUGCCCAAAUACUUGAAUUGGCAAAAAGGAAUAAAUAAUUUUUAAAAAAAUAAUCCUGCUUUGUAAUGUUUUUUGUAAAGUAAUCAUUAAAUGAUUUGUAUCAUGAAAACAAAAAUGCUUUAUUUCAUCCGAGUCCUUAAUUAAUUUCGUGUGACUUCCAAUUAAAGAGCAUGAGAGGUAAUAUAUCUUCCUCGCUUAAUGUAUAUAUUUGGUGUUGCUAAAUUCUAAGUAAUAAAUAUAAUUUUUUUGUAUGUAAAUAUAAACCUUCUUUUAAUAUGCUAUUGUUUCGAAUAAUGUUAAAUUGUUGCUUCCUUUCCUUGCUUUUUACACUCCUUAAUAUCAUAUUGCAUUAUAACUAGCACAUGAGUGCAAUUUGUACAUUUCCUCAUAUCUUGGAAUAUAUAUACACAGAAAGAACAGAUUUUUUUUCUCCAGUUUUGAGUGGCAACUCUGUUACAUUAACUGUUCCAUUUUUCUUUUUAAAUGUAUCAUAAAUAUCUUUGGCAUUUAUGUAGGCGUUCUAUUUUAUGUUUGUAAAUAAAAUUAUUUACUGUUAGCUGUGAUUUCUAAAAUUAAUUUAUCAAUACAUUAAAUUUAUUUUUAUUGAUAAAAGUUUUCUUUUUUGAAAAUUAUCAAAACUUGUAUAUAAUUAUGAAAAUGAAUUAUGAUAAUUUUCUUAUCAUCACAAAAUAAAUAAUAAUACAUUGUAGGAAUCAAAAUAUUUUCUUGAAUAAGACUGGAAAGUAUUAUAUUUUAUCAUUAAAUGGUUUUGUUCAAAGCUUCAUAUAUCCUCUUCUGUGAUUAUUUAAGAAAAUUAUUUUUCAGUUUACAAGACAUUAUUUUCCUUUUUAUCUGUUUUUGUUAGCUAUGUAAUUAGCUUGGUAAAUUUUUUGUUUUAAGCUAUUUUUUUUUUACUGGAGAAAUUGUUUAAUGACUAGAAUAUAUAGUUUAAUGUACAGAUCCAUUAGAAAUUAUUAAAAUAAAAAGAGGAUAAAAAUAAAUCAAUCCUAUUCACUAGACUUGCAAAAUAUCAAUCUCACUUUAAAAUAUAAUUUCUGUGUUAACAAUCUUAUUAUUAUGCAUAGAAAUAAAUGCAUAUGGCAAUGUAGAAAUUAUGGAAAAAAUGUUUUCAAAAUAUAUUUAAAUUUCCUCUAUGAGAAGUGAUUACUAUGUUUUAUUAAUGAUGUGACAUAUAUUUGUUGAUUUCAUGUUUAUAUUUUCUUUCCGAUCUAACUUUUAUAGUUGUAUUAAGAAUAGAGAAUGCAUAAUUUCUUGGUGUUGCUUGAAUAUUUCUUUAAUCUUAUUUUGUAAUGUACAUUUAAGUUAAAAUAAAACUAUAACAAGUAGUAUUUUUGAAUUUUAUAUAAAAUAAAUUUAAUUUAUUUUGAAUGCAACCUAUAAUUUAGUGAAUAAUAUUUAUAUUUAAAAUGCUUUAAUUCUUGAGAAAGUGCAUUAUUUUAGGAACAUAUAUGUGUUAUUUUUGUUUUAUUAUAAUGUAAGAUUACUGAAUUACUUUAUUGUUAUUUAAAACAUUCUGAUGAUUGUUGAAAUGUAUUUUACUUCAUAAGAUUUGAGAUUCGGAUUUAUAGUUUCAUUUAUUUUCAUUUAUUUAAAAUUAAAAAAAUAUAUAUAGUAGUCAUAUUAUCAAAAUACAGGGCACUAUAUUCAAUAUUCACUACAAAUAUUCUGUCAUUUUAAACAAACAAGUUGAAUUUUUUUAGUAUGUGUGUCUCAAGACUUAAUCUUUGAUGUAUUUCUCUUUGUUCUGUGCUAUAAUGUAUUGUCAUGAUUCUAAUCUAUGAUAUCUUAAAUGACAUUGUUACAUAAACUCCUCUACUUAUGUGUCAUUAAACAAAUCUCUGUCUCUCUCUUUCACUCUCUCUCUCUCUCUUUAUCUAUCUAUCUAUAUAUAUAUACAUAUAUAAUGAUUUUGUUUAUUGAAAAAUGUAAUUCCUUUACUUACUUAGCUUGUGUUCACCAUUUUUGUUUUUAAUUCAUCUUUUAUUUUAAAUGAAAUAUGAAAAAUUUAAAAUUGUUUUACAGCUUGAUUUUUUGUCAAAAAAGCACCCUAGCAUGAUUUUCUCUUUAUUUUGAUACCAUAUUAUAAAUUUUACAAAAAUUAUUUUUCUCAUCUUUAUGUUUUAUCUAUUGUAAUUGCAUUUUAAGAUUGCAUUGUAUGAUUAACAUGUAAAAGUGAAUUAAGUAAUGUAAAUUUUUAAGGAUUGUAAAGUGAACCAUAUUGAUUGCAGUAAUAAGUACAAUGAUGGCAAAAAAUGUCUAUAAAUUAUUUGUUACUCGUUUAUGAUAAAUUUAUUCAUCCUUAACACUUAGUUAUUUUCAAUUGAUCUUACUUAGUUAAAUAACUGAAUAAUUGUUAAUAAACUGGAAAAUAAUUCUAAAUAAAUACUAAUUCAUUAAAUAUAUCUAAAAAAGUUUUAUUCAUGUUUCUUAAUCAAGUGCAAAAAAGAAUUUUGAUGUACAUAACAGCUGAAAUUUUUGAAAGGGACGUUUUGUAAGAUGAUUCUGUUACUUGUCCUAAAUAUUUCUGCUAUUUUUGCCUUUGCCUCUAUUGACUUUUAAUUUAGAUUUGUAAAUACUAAAUUUUAUUCUGCAAAAUGUUUAGUUAUGCUAUAAAAGAGGCUUCUAUUUUAUUGUAUUUGUAAUGAAAUUGUAUGUAAUGAUAUCUUAUAUGAUUGAAUUUGUUAUUGAAGCUUAGAUUUUGUAAAAACUGAUUGAGUUCGAGUUCUGGUAUGUUUUCUUUAAAAAAAAAACAAUUUAUUAUAGGAUUAGUAUAAUUCUAGAUAUCUAGCAAAGUUUUGUUGUGACAAAUCAGAAAUUUCCAAUAGGCAGUGAAAAUCUGCACAGUAUACAAGAAUAAGCUGUAGUUUCAAAUUUUAUUUAGUAGUUUGAUUAAACAGAAUUUCAAGGACACUUAGUAAAAAAAAAUUAAACAUGCUGAUAAAUUACUUUUGAGUGUAUUUACUUUAAAUUCAAAUUGUAGUAUUAAUGUAGCUGUAUUUGAUUUAAAACGUAGAGAAAAUAUUAGUAAGUUAUUUUAUUUUUUAAAAUAUGUAUAUAAAAUUAUUUUGAAUUAUAAUUGCAUAUUAUUUAGAUGUAAGAAAAUUCUUUGACAUUAUGUAAUAUUUUGCUUUUGUGUGUAUGCUGUGAGUUAAUAUCUAAUUGUAUAUUUAAAACUAUGUUGUAGUUAAUGGCAAAAAUGGCAUGGUUUUGCAAAAGAUGAAUAUAUGUUCUGCAAAUCAAUUUGUGAAAUAAACUACAUUUUGAUGAUUC